AUGAAAGCUACAAAGUUAUCCCUUCUGGCGUUGAUGCCAAGUGCCAUCGUGGCUCAAAACCUAACCCAACUCCUAGCCAACACGACUCAGUUAUCAAGCUUGAACGCCUUGCUGUCUAGUUACCCGGGAAUUGCGAAUUCUUUGGCCAAUAUCACCAACGUGACCAUUCUCGCACCAUCCAAUGACGCGUUGGCAAACUUUACCAACAGCACUUCCUUCAAAGCUCUGGCGUCAAGCCCAAGCGGAAACAAAUCCAUCGAGGACCUUCUCAGCUACCAUAUUCUUCAGGGCGAAUACUAUGCAAGCAACAUUACCGAUACACCCGCUUUUAUUCACACCUACCUGAAUGAUACGGCAUAUACCAAUGUUACUAGUGGACAGGUCGUCGAGGCAAUCAAGCAGGAUAAUGACACUUAUUUCUACUCCGGCCUGUUUGCCAACUCGACGGUGACUCAAGCUGAUCUUAAUUUCACUGGGGGCGUAGUGCAUAUCAUCGACAAGGUCCUCACGGUCCCAUUGAAUGUCUCAUCCUCUGCCGCAGCAGCCGGUCUCAGCGCUCUCGUAGGCGCUCUACAAGCAGAGAAGCUGACUCAAACUGUGGAUGAGCUUAAGAACGUCACUAUUUUCGCUCCCGCAAACUCUGCGUUUCAGGCUAUCGGUUCCGCUCUUGGUAACUUGACAGCCGAUCAGCUAUCUGGUAUCCUCGAGUACCAUGUCCUUAACGGCACACUAGCUUAUUCAACUGAUCUCAAGAAUGACACUCAAUACACCGCUGUUGAUGGCCGGAAUAUUACUGUCCGAAUUGAAAAUGGAUCUGUGUUUGUCGACUCCGCUCGGGUGGUUACUCCAAACUUGCUCGUUGCCAAUGGCGUUGUACACGUCAUUGAUAACGUCCUCAAUCCUAACAACACCUCCGCUACUCCUAAUGCCACCGCAACUUCUCAAGUCCCGGCAUUCUCCGGUGCUUCCUCCGCAAGUGCCAUUCCAUUCACCAGUGGGGUAACUGCCUCUGCAACUGUCACUGGCACUGGUGCUGGUGCAGGAGCUGGAGUUACUGGUACCUCGAGUAGCACUGCUGGCGCAAUGCCCAUGCGCACUGCUGGAAUGGGCGCCGCUAUGGUCUUUGGUGCCGGUGCAGCAUUGCUCAAUGCUGAUGUCUUCUAA